ACAUAGUGAAAGACAAUGUAAAAUAACUUAUAUCAAUACUAAGAGGCGUGCAAGAACAAGUAACUCCACAAUGAGUCACGUUGACCCAGGACCACUUGCGAGUUAUGACAGUCUGGCAGACCCAAAUUUGACGGCAUAUUUCAACAACAGUCGCAUGAGGAAGCAUCUUAUUAAAUCAGGAUUGGUUACACGAAGAGGAGAAAUUGUGUCAGAGAAAGUUUUUCGAUUGAACAACGCUCGUAAAGAACAUCAAAGACAUGUCCGUGAUUUGCUUGCUCAGUCAAUUGUACACAAGGCAUUAGACAUGGAGCGACACCGACAAAUGCAAGUUAAAAAGCAACUUGAAGAAAUUGGUAAAGUUGAGCGUGUGAGACGUGUUAGGGCGGAUCGCGCACUGAGAGGAGAUGAGGACAUUCUUCCAUUGUUGUCCCCAAACAGCAAGACAAAGAAAAGGCGGCCAUUAACGGCCCCAAACAUGCGUACACAACAAACAAACACACAGGAACAACUACCAGCAAGUGUUGGUUAUCCAGCUUUACCUGGUGAUGCUCCUUAUAAUACCAGGUCAAGUAGAAUGAAGACGGCUUAUCCGAAAGUGGAAAUUGAUACCCAGCAUCUACACCAGUUGGACCAAGAAGCACUUCGUUCAUUUACUCUCAAUCUUUCCAAUUAUGAUCUUGGAAGUGGAGUAAGUCCUUACACUGUUCCUGUGCUCGAUCCUGCAUCCAGGGAGGCUCUUCCGGAACCUAAGAAACCGAUUCAGAAGAAGAAGAAGAAAUCAGAGAGCAGUAGGUCCUCUUUGGAGCAGAAAAGAGGAAAAAAAUCUUCACAAAGAUCAACUUUAAUGGUGAACAGGCGUUCUUUACUUCUACAUCGUCGUGAGCCACCCAUGAUACAUCGGAGCCAGCCACGUACAAUGUGCGUGAUCACAUUUAAAUAUCUCGGACAGAUGGUUCACCUCGACUGUGAGAAGGAGGAUCCACGAGAUGAAAUAUCAGUGAUGCAGCAACAUUGUGGGGGGGAGAACUUAUGUGUUUAUAGCGGGAAACUAUUACCUGGAGACAACUUCACAGUAGUUUCUCAACGUCACCGAAAUUUCCCGUUUUCUCUCACAUUUUAUUUGAAUGGAAUCCAAGCUGAGAGACUGAGCGCAUGCUGUGAAUACAAACAUAGGAAAGGACACAAACUUGGAGCAAAGACAAGUCACUUUGGAUUUGUUAACUUUAAAGGGGCCAACCCAUGUUACAAGUGUUUGGUUGCUCAAGGUCAGUUAAAAUCUCGACCGAGUCAAGAAAAAUAUCCCAAACAAAAUUCACAGCCGUGGAAGAAGAGAAAGCAGUCUAAACCUGUUUCUAGAGAUUCUUACGAUGAUGACUUUGAUCAAGAAAGCAGCAAAAAGACGACAGAUGAUGACAAAAAGAAAUCUGGCAGCAGCACAUCUUCAAGCUCUGAGUCCGAUGUUAGCAGCGUGAGCAGUUUAUCGGACACCGACGCUAAGUCACCCACCGAUCGCUCAGCUGUGACCUCCCCUAAACCAACACAAGGUUCACCCAAAAGAGCAAAGUCUCCCCCACAUGUCCCAACACCCCCUAAAAGAACCACUCCCCCAAAAAGUGGAACUCCAAAUAUUGGAUCACCAAAAGCUGGCUCCCCUAAAGUAGCAUCACCUAAAUCUACAUCACCCAGAAGUGCUUCUCCACCCCCUAAACCUGUCCGUGCUGAAACCCCAACAAGCCCGACGCAAGUCUCACCCCCAGCUGAAGAAAUAUCAAGUGAGAGUUCAAGCAGUAGUACCAACAACCCGUUGGUUAAACUUGGAAUCAUAAAAAAGAAAAGUUCAAGCUCAUCGUCAUCAUCCAGUUCAUCAAGCACAAAUGGAGGAACAUCAGAAACAGAAGGAGAAUCUUUUAAUUUGCAUCAAACACCGAGGAAAAAGGUUGAUUCAAUAACUGCAAUGUACAAGGGCCACCGUACUGUGCAUGUUUCUAACAUUGAGCUCCAAGAUAGCCAGGUAACUGAGCUUUGCACAUACUUUGCUGAGGAUCCUGCUUCUCUUAUGGUGGAGUCAGUUAAGCUGAACAACUGUGCAUUGGGUGAUAAGCAUAUGUCGCGCAUACUGGAUAUAUUAGCAAGAUCAAGGACUAAUAUCAAGACCUUUGAUAUUGGUUCAAACAACUUGACUUCCUCAAGCAUGCUUAAGUUGGUAAAGUUUGUUGAAACAACUCCUGUUGAAACUCUUGUACUGGAAGACAACCCACUUAGUGAUAGUGGGGUUGAAGCUCUCAUGCAAGGAUUGACUUCCAUUCAUCAAAACUCAUUCAAGAGUCACAAUGAGAAGAAGGCUGUAAGAAAGUUGGUUAAUGAUGUCAUAAAUGAUGCAGAGAGUGAAGUGAAGUCAGACGGAAGUAUUGAUAAAAAUGGGAUACCAACUGCAGCCAAUGCUUCUAGUUUAAGGUCCAGUGUUGCCAAUGAUGCUUUCCCAUUGGUUUGUUUAUCACUGAAUCGUGUAAAACUUGGUGGACGUGGCAUCACUGCUAUUGUGAAGUUCCUAUGUGAGAAUCCUCCACUCAAGUCUUUACAUUUAAAUGGCAACUCACUUUCGGGCACAAGUCUUGGAGUUUUAUGGAAAGGACUUGGUGAAGGAACAAACUCAGAACUUCGAUCUCUUCUGUUACAAAGCAACCAACUCAAUGAUAGAGGCCUCGAAGUGUUUGGUAAAUGUAUGGAGAAAACAUCAUGCUUGGAGAGAAUUGAUUUUACUGACAAUGGCAUAACAGAGGUUGGAGCUUCGCAUGUUGUCAGUUUUGUUUCAAACAAUUCUUCAAUUCGUCAUGUUUACCUAUCGCGUGGCAACACUAUUAAACGGAAAACUGUAAAGAAAAUCAGGUCAAUUUUAUCAGAAAGGAAAUCUGGGAAAAGUAAAUAGAAGAGUUGUGAUUUGUAAUGCUAUAUGUAGUUCAGGUAGGACUGUGUAAGUGUGUAUCCAUUUUAUGACUUAAUUUUUUUGUUGUUGUUUUCAAUCUUUUACCGCUAUAGAGCUUAAUUUGUCAUUUUGAAUUUUUAUUUUAUUAGAGCUCAAAUGUUGUUUAAUCUUUAGGGCUUAAGCUCUGUUUUUAUAUUUGCAUUAGUACAAUGUUAGCUUAGGUCAGAGGUUCGUAAAACUUGGAAUCCCCUUAUGUGGAGUGUUUAAUAUUAAUAAUGGGCUCAAUAGAUAACAAACCAUUUUAUGAUCUAUGAAUAAACAGGCUUUUCUAAGUAAAAAGUCAGGCAUUUACUUGUAGGUAUUUUCACUAAGUUUGUCUCAAAAAGUGUAAGAACUCCUGUGUUAGAUAUAUAUUUUGUAAAGUAUUAGAUGUAUUCAUGUAUAAAUUGUGGGUUCUUGUAUAUUUUGAAGUGUGAAUAUUUGUAUAUAUUUGGAGUAUAGUAACUUUAUAAUACCUAAUUGUAAAUUUUCCUUUGCUUUGAGUUUCUGUAGAUCAUUGUAAACUGUAGAAAUACUACUUGUAAUUUUGCUGUAAGAAAUAUCGCAUUCGACAUUAGUACAAUACUGUGGAGCUUUAUUCGCUUUAGAUUUUUAUUUUAUACUUGAUUUAUUAUUGCAACUGCAUACAAUUAAUUGCAUCAAAAAUCUGUGUUAGGUUGCAUAGGGUAAUUGGUAAUAUGGUCAAAAUUCACAAAAGUUUGAAAACCACUAAACAUGGUGCAUUGAUAUUGUAAUUAUGUAACUAUAAAAUUUUGCAUAUUCUAAAAGUAUUUUAAUAACGCAGUUAUCGUGUGUUUUGUUCGGAGAUUAUUAUACCAAAAGUUUCAAGCAUAUAUAAUACACAGUAUUACAAUCCACAUAUUACUAAGUUCAUAUAUCAUCUCUCUGUGAUUAAUAAUUUUACUGAUAAAAGUUGUGUUGACUGUUUAAUUAUGUAUUUUAUUAUAUAUCUUGUAGUUUGAAUUGCUAAAAUAAAUGUAGCUUUUUGA